AUGAAACCCUUUGGUAUUGCCACCAUCCUCGCGCUUCUUACAGUGUCUGGGGAAAGCUGUGGGUUUCCCAGGACUGGAACCACGCCGUUAAGGAAGGAGGCGGCGAAGAAGAACCUUCUCUUCGGGUCUGGCGCGAUUAAUCCGACAUAUCUCGAUGAUCCUGAGUUCGCCGCCGUUCUUGCGAACCAGUUCAACAGCCUUUCUCCUGAAAAUGAGAUGAAGUGGCGGUUCAUUAGCCCUUCUGAAGGGAUAUACAGCUGGGAGACGCUUGAUCGCCUCGUUGACUUCGCGAAAGCAAACGAUAUGGUGGUUAAGGGCCACGGGCUCAUCUCGAACUGCUGCAACCCUGACUAUCUUCUCAAUGUCACCGAUCCCACAAAGUUCCGGGCUAAGAUGACGGCUCACUUUGAAGCCAUCAUGCACCGGUAUGAGGGCAAGAUAGAUCGUUGGGACGUCGUGACCGAGCCCAUCGAAGUAAUGGGCGGCGGCCUGCAAGUUAACGACUUCUAUAAGGUCCUUGGCCCUGAUUAUAUUGCAGAGGCCUUUCACAUUGCGCGAGCCGUAUCCCCGAACGCCAAGCUGUUUCUCAACGAGAAUCUCAUCGAGAGUUACCCCGUUAAACGCCAGGACCUAUACGACCUGAUCUCCGGACUUGUGGCGGACGGCGUCCCAAUUGACGGAGUCGCCCUGCAGAUGCAUAUUACCGAAGUGCCCCUUGUACCUGGCGUGAUUACGGAGAUGGUCAACUCCUACAAGGCGCUGAACCUGGAAGUCACGAUUGCCGAAAUGGAUAUCCAUACACUCAACGCUACUCUCCAGACAGAAAUCUACGGCGAUGUCAUCACCGAGGCUCUCGAGUCAGGCAUCACCGAUAUUAGUUUCUGGGGCUUCACGGAUAAGCAUGCUUACACUUGGCUCCCUGGCGCAAAGCCUUUGAUGUUCAGUGAGACUUACUAUCCCAAGGGUGCAUUCUACGCUACUCACGAUGCCCUGACCGCCUUUGUUAAGUCUUCCUAG